AUGGCCAUGGACGAGCAGCAGCGAGCCGCGUACCGCUGGGGCCUGGUGGCUAAGAGCGGCUACUGCGGGCACAGGCUGACCCCGAGGGCCGAUGAGCCCGUCUGGGUCGACGAGGUCUCCCUCGUCGGCCAGGCUGACGACGGCCAGUGCGCCGUGGACGCCCGCAUCGAGAUCGGCACGCGGGACCUUCUACUGGCGACGCUGUCGGCUGAGAAGCCCGAGGUGGUGCUGCAGACCCCGGUGUUGCUCGACGAGGAGUUCUGUUUCUACGUGACGCCGCACGGAGGCUACUCCGACUCCGACUCCGGUGCUGAUGCUGACACCGAGAGCGACGACACCAACGAUGGGGUCGCCGUCUACUUCGGGGGUAUUAUGUGUCCUCUGGAGCCUCUGGACAUGGAGGAGGACGAAGAGGCCGGGAGUUCGGAGUAUAGCGAUGAUGACGAGGAGGAACACGAGAAGGGGAGCCAGGACACUGACACGGAGAAGGAUGAAGAGGCCGUCAGUUCGGGGGAUGACGAUGAUGACGACGACGAGGAGAAACACGAGAAGAAGAGCGAGGCUACGGACACGGAGGAUGAUGGCGAUGCAGUGAGUUCAGGCAACAAACACAUCGCUAGCAGCUACGAGGAGGAGAAGAGAAGCGACGGUGAGGUGGGCCGGCGCUCGGGAAUUUUUGCGUUUCUCUCUGUCUGCUGA